AUGGGGGCCCCUUGGGGGGCCCCUGGGGGGCCCCCUCGGCCUUUGCUUCGAUUUGUGCAUAGAGAGAGCAGCAGCAGCAGCAGCAGCAGCAACGAGCAGCAGCAGCAGCAGCAGCAGCAGCAGACAGCAGCAGACAGCAGCAGCAGCAACAGCAGGAAUCCCGCUGCUUGCACUCUGAAACUUAUUAAUUUUGUGAUAGCAUUAACAGCAACUAUAGCAGCAGCAGCAACUGCAGCAGCAGCUACUGCAGCAGCAGCAGCAGCAGCAGCAGCAGCGGCUCGCUGCUGCCUCAGAACGAGCCAAAGCCUCCCUUUAGGACAGCAGCAGCAACUGCAGCAGCAGCAACUGCAACAGAAGCAACAGCAGCAGCAGCAACAGCAGCAACAGCAACAGCAGCAGCAGCAACUGCUGCAGCAGCAACUGCUGCAGCAUGAGUGGUCGAGCAUGAAGCAAGAGACUCAGCAGCAGCAGCAACAGCAGCAGGAGCAGCAACAGCAACAGCAAUAA